AUGGCAAUGAUGAACCCUGAUGACUUUAUAGAUUUCUCUGGUGGCAUUGAGGACACGGACGUGGCUGUCCCGAACCAAUCAUGUGAAUAUUGCGUCAAGGAGCAUAUUCGUUGUCAGGUGACUCCGGAGACAAUUCUUUUGGGUGCCUGCAAGUCUUGUAUUGAGGCAAGAAGAGAUUGCGCUUUGCCUGUGGACAUGGGAGCACCCAUGAAUGUAUUGGAGCCCUUGGCCGACUUUGGGGCUGCUGGCAAUGAACACAAGAGUCAGUUGCAGCAGCUCUCAGAGGGCUCUUAUAGCAGAUCGGAGUCGAGUUUCACAGCCAAUGAUUCGUUGGGCGAGGACUCUGCUGGGGGGCUGGAUGCGACCCCCAAGAUUGGUGCCAGGUUUUCUCGAGAGGCACUUCGGAUUCUUAGGAACUGGCUGUUAUCCAACCAUCGUCACCCCUACCCCAAUAAUGAAGAAAAAGAAAACCUUUCUCGUCAGACGGGCCUGAACAAGACGCAAAUCAGUACUUGGGUUGCCAACGCACGUCGCCGAGGAAAAGUACGAGCUCCUCGGUCUACUUCAUCAAGUCCGGGCCAACUCAACAACAAUGGCAUUGACAUUCCUCGAAAGAAAACUCCCAUGACGAGGGGCAUGAGCCCCAUGGAGCGAUGGCGACAUUCUCCGCCGGAUCAGGAACCUGCUUCCAUCACCGCCAUCGCUUCUGCAGUCUCAUCUGCAGGGUUCUCAGCCGGAGCUGGCGAUGCGUCAGCCAACUACAAGGAUAUGGAUGAUGGGCUACCGGGCUCUAUCGAUCACCUCUCGUCAGCUGGUAGCUCAAAAACAUCACAUUCAAGCAACGGUUCGCUUGGAUCGGCUAUUUCUCACAAAUCUGGCGAGACUUUGGAGUCCCUCUACUCGUUGAAAAGCCGCGGGCGACGGCGCCGGCGCCGGCAGAUCCCCAAGGCCGUUGAUAUUUCGGCCAUGCUUCCGUCCAUCCAUAAAUACCAGUGUACAUUCUGCACCGAAACGUUCAAAACGAAACAUGACUGGCAAAGACACGAAAAAUCGCUGCAUUUGUCUCUUGAACAGUGGGUCUGUUCACCAAACGGACCAAUACAGUUUUGUGCCGAAUGGGAUUGCCUGGCAUGUGUGUAUUGCGGAUUGAAGAAGCCAUCGCCGGAGCAUGCCGAACAGCACAAUGACUUUGUGUGCCAUGGAAGGCCAGACGCAGAAAAGACCUUUUUUAGGAAAGAUCACUUGCGCCAGCAUCUAAGUAUCGUUCAUGAUGCAAAGUUCCAAAAAUGGCCAAUGAGUGAUUGGAAAGUUGACACACCAGCUGUGCGAUCCAGAUGUGGCUUUUGUGGCAUCAUAUUAUGCUCCUGGGAUUCUCGUGUUGGCCAUCUUGCUCAGCAUUUCAAAACCGGGAAAUCCAUGGCAGAUUGGAAGGGUGACUGGGGAUUUCAGGGAGAAAUACUGAAGAUUGUCGAAAAUGGAAUGCCACCUUAUCUCAUCCACCAUGAACGGAAUACUCUUGACCCGUUCGAAGCGUCUAGAGAUGAAGUAAGAAACGGCAAAACAUUAGAAGAUCACGUCAAACUGUGGUUGAUUGACUAUAUCAACAAGCGGACCGUGGCGGGCAUGGCGGCCACAGAUGACCAGCUACUUGUUGAAGCCCAGAGAGUUGUACAGAAAGUGGACACGGAAGACAUUUCGCUUACAGGCCCUGACAUUUCGUGGUUUCGCGAUCUCAUCAUGCUCCAUAAGCCGUCCAAUCAUGCGACACACGAGGAAGUUUACCGUGCAUCCGGAAUCACGACCUGGACAUCACAGAUAGAGAAGAUGAAGACAUCCAAGUCUACGCACGUCGACAUGAGCACCGUUGGAGACGAAAAGGAAAAGCUUUUGUUGCGAUAUGUCAAGUCCAGACAGGCCGUAGGCCAGAUGCCCACGGAUUCCGAGCUGCAGUUUCAAGCAUGCAAAAUCUUGGAUGACAUUGAACCAAAGUCCAAUUUUAAAUGCAAAGAGGCCGUCCAAUGGUUCAAAUUCCUGAUCAAUUCUUCAUCCGAUUGGCUCUCAGCCUUCAAACGCCGCGCGGGCGUCCUAUCGAUUGCUGAAAAUUUAUAUGGACAUAUGCAACCAGUUGCUCACGGCAUCAUAGCCAAUGGCGAGCAUCACUUCCCAGGGCUGCAACAAGACUCAAUAGGUGACAUCAGUGCACCACAGAUCCUCAGUGCAGCAAUUCUGGGGGACGAAAUGCAGUUCGAAUCGAAUAUCAUCAUACCUGGUGAGGGCAGCCAGACCAUCUUGGGCAAACUCAGCGACCUUGGUGCCUCAGAAGAGCGUAAUGAUCUCCUGGCUUCGUAUCAUGAUACCCUAAUAGCAGCUCACGAGUCGGGAGAUUUGAUCUCAACCCAUCAGGCCAAAGCUGGUGCAACUCCAUCUCCCAAAGCACUGCACUGGGGCGUCCCAGAUGAAGCUAUUGGUUGCGCAUCGCCUAUGGAUACAAAUGACUAUCUACCAGCCCUCACGGAAACGCCGCACUCUGCCCACUCGCACAAUCAACCAUUACGGUAUUUCUUGAGCGAUGCCAACUGUUAUGGGAGAUUGGAAAAAGAACUCACCCGAUUUGUAACAAGCUGUCUCAGCCCAAACAAUCCACUGCAACACAUUCCUACCGACGAAGAAAUCCAAUAUCAAGCUCGCUGGAUAAUCUAUGACGACGACGACCCGUGGAAUCAAACGGCUGCUGAUAAUGCCGAGUGGCUGGCACGCUUCAAGCGUGAUACCGGUAUUACUUCUGCUGACAACGCGAACGGUUUACCAUUGAACGGACCUCCUCGACCAUGGAGAGUGACGGACGGUGGAACAGGAUUGACGCCACCGUAUCUCAAACCAAAGCCCGGCAAAAUAAUAGAAGUUGCAGAUGAAACGUCUGUACUUAUUGAUCAACGAUUUUACAACGUCAACAAAGACACGGCCGAGCGCUAUGUCCGCGCCCUCUGUGAGGGGGAAUACCUAUUCCCUCCCUCUGUUUUUUGCUCACGCGAGCUCGAGGAUGGCCUGAAUGCCUAUAUCGAAGAUUGCACGAAGACUCUCUAUGUGCCUUCCGACGACGACCUACGCGCCAAAGCGCGCGAUAUACUGGGCGUUGAGCGGACUGCGGCUGAUGAUCCAAAGCUGCUGGAGACUUUUAAAGCAACGCAUGUGCUCUGGCAUACAACAAAUAACGAUUUCAUCACAGAUAAUCAUCUGAGUAGCAAUACUCUUGAUUUCAUGGAUGGCGUGAACGUGUUGCCUUCCGAUCCGGAGCAAAUGAAUGCUUUUGAUCUCACGGCCGAAUUUUCAGAAAGAUUAGGGGUCUAA